AUGAUAAAUCAAAGCAACCAUGCCUAUCUAAUAGGGUGCAAUUACUAUUAUGCCCAUUUAUUCUUUGAGAAUGAUAUAGAUUUGUUUAACAAAGGCCAGCAAAUGCAGUAUCAAAAAAUUCUAUCCAUCUUUACUCUUAUUGAUUUAACAGAUAACCAAUUAACAGGCAAGAUUCCAGAGGAGCUGAGAAUCCUCAAGGCUUUGAUAUCACUGAAUAUUUCAAGGAACAAUUUAACAGGAGAAAUUCCUAGUUCCCUAGGGGAUAUGCAAGAUUUGGAAUCGCUAGACCUUUCCCACAAUUUAUUAACUAGGCCCAUCCCUGAUAGCCUGGGAAACGUCAACAUGCUGGGCUAUUUAGAUCUAUCCUAUAAUAAUUUGUCUGGCAGGAUUCCACAGGUUAGACAUCUAGACACAUUUGGUGGCCUCUCCUAUGUGGGCAAUGCCGGCCUAUGUGGGGCUCCCUUAAAUAUCAGCUGUGGGACAAGUGCACCUCCAUUAGAGCAACCAGUAAAGGUGGAAGCUGAAGGGGAGGACAAUACAUGGUGGGCUAUGGCAGUAGGGCUAUGUUAUGGAUUGGGAGUGGGUCUAGUUGUCAGGUUAUUGUCUUUUGACAGGGACGGGAGGAGGCUAUAUUUUCAGUUCCUGGAUGACCUCAUCCGAACGUUGUGUGAAAGGUUGCCAAGGAGAUGA